CUAUAUAAAGGAAUGUUGCGCAUUGGCCAACAACACAGUCGAGCCUUAGCCACCAACAAGACAACAGCAUCCUGAACUACGCACUUCGAACAAAAAUCAUCAACCACAUCAUGGCCCCUUCAAACUUGGAUUACCAGACCAUCGGAGGCGACUCCGCGGACGCCAACGAGAUUUACACGCACAAGAAAUUUAAGACGUCCAACUAUACGCACAAAAAGUUUGGCAAGAAGAGCAGCAGCGGUACCACCACCACAAGUACAAGCACGCCUCUGUUCCGGCCAUAUGCCUUAAGCGAAAACACACCGCGGAAACGUCGCCAGGAAUCGGAGCGAGAGGUCCAGCAUACUUUGCCUCCCACGCCGCCCACAACUCCACCACAGUUGCAGCAUCCGCACACACAUUCGUACCCGUACCCCCAACCGCAGCACCCCCAAUAUCUGGCGACUGCAACUCCAUCACCUAUGCUAUACGCCUACAUGUUGCAGAAGCAACGAGCCGUACUCCAAAUGCGCCAACUGCUUAGCAUCAAUCCUGAUGCCAACACCUGGCCAGUGGAAUGGCGUCAGGCCCUACAAGCACUGCUGCAGCAGUGAGCGGAAGGCAGAGGAUGGUCAAUACAAUUGAAAGGAACGAACGGAGUGAUUUGCCUAGCAACCAGUGAUAUAGAACUUUAAGUGCCCGCAGACAGAUUGUACAUACAAAGCCCUUGCAAAUUAUUUAAAUGGAUAUGAUACUCUAGAUUCUAGACCAAACCAUAAUUGUAUAUAGCAGCUAUAUUUAACAUAACUAAUAAAUUGAAGAUCGUAACUAAA